AUGGCACAGACAGAAGUAAAGAGUGAUCACACACCAUCCUCAUCGUCUAGUCCGCCGUCUAGGACAACCACGACACCAUCCACAAUACCGGUCUUUCAGCAGGAUGAUUCAGACUCUCACACCGAGGCCUCAAAACACAACUUCACCUUCACUGAUGGCACCAUCGAUCCAAGCCAAAUUGGACGGCGACCUAGCCUCGAUAGUGUUGGCAACCCUUGGGGGCUUGACUACGACAAAACCACCAUCUUCGGGUUGCAGCCACCUGCGCGUUCCGUACCUUACACCAACUACUAUUUUGUCGAUCCCGGCUACCUCAAUCAACUCAGCCAUACCGAUGUCAAGUACCUGACAGAAAAAGGCUGUCUCUCCUUGCCCUCAGACACGUUAUUGGAAGAAUUCUUUCAUCAAUACUUCUCACAUGUUCACCCCAUCAUCCCUCUGCUCAGCGAGGCAGAAUUCUGGGCAGCAGAAGCUCGCAUUCCCCUUCUCUUGAUUCGGGCCAUACUAUUCAUCUCAUCUCCCUAUGUUUCGCCGUCAACACUGCUCAGCCUUGGAUAUAGCAGCGUGCAAUCGGCUCACACCGAGCUUUACACAUUAGCAAAGACAAUGAUGCAGUUCGAUAUCCACAGAAACAAUGUUGUCAAUGCCCAGGUAGCCGUCAUGCUAACCUACCACUCGCCUGCGCCAAGCGACACGACAAACACACACUGGAUGGUAAACGCAGUUCACUACGCUCGAUGUGCUCGAGCGGAUCAGUACUACACCCUCGGUGACGACAACCCCUCAAAGCUCAUCCUCAAACGACUCUGGUGGGCCUGCAUAUUGCGAGACAGGGUCAUGUCUUUGAGCUUACGACGACCGUUAAACAUUGGAUGCGACGAAUUCGACUUUAGUCUCCCAGGACUCAGCCUCGCCGACUUCUCGGAUGAGCUAGGGGUCUCCACGGUAUACGAUAGGCCGACGAAGCAGAUUUUGGCGCACAUGAUGUCGGCAUUUUGCGAACUCAUCAUUCCGUUGAACAAGGCUCUUGUUAUUCUCUACCCUGCAUCCGGCCUCAAGAUUGUUAACUCAGAUGCGGAUGUUCAGAAGGAAUCUGAUGCUUGCGUUGAAACUCUCCAGUUGUUGGAUGUUUGGUACCGCAAAACAAAGGAACGAUUCGAAAUUUCCACGCCAUCAAUCGGCAUCCACAAGGCAUUGACAAUGUUUACCAAGAUGACGUUUAUCUACUACUAUUCUGCGAGAGCAAGUUUGUGCUAUCACAUGAUGUUAUUAUCCGUAUCCAAUCCUAGUCAUGCUUCCGAUGCACAGGAGAAUGAUUUGCAAGUGCAAGCAGAAAUGGACUCUGCCUUGAAGGGCAUUACCGGAGUCUUCAUGCAUUUGGCUCGUCUAGGCCUUGUUCAGUACUUGCCAAACACAUUCGUCACCUUCUCCGCCAUUCCGCUUAUAUGGCAAGUUUUGGACGCAAAAAUACUCAAUACCGGAACUCUCGCCGCAGACAACAAGCGUGACCUAAUGGUCUACACAAACGUCAUGAACAAGUUCCGAAGCCUCCACGAAAACGCCAACAACGUCCUCAAAUUCAUCAAACAAAUCAUCGCGCACAUCCAAACAACGGAAUCCGUCGAGAUUGCCCAACAGGAGCAGCUGACAGACACAUGCUUCCCUCCCGAGCUUCUAUCCAGCUUCCCACCCGGGGGGAAGACCCAGGAGAGGGAUAAGGAGCCGAAAAAUAAAUGGGCUCAAUUGUUUGCCGGAAAACCGCGGACCUACCUUCGAAUAGCGUUGACAAUUCAGCAUUCUCUUUCGAGCGGUCACUUUCCCUCGGAAGAAGACUUUCCCAAAGCUCUGCAGAUGGUCAGUUUUGCGGAGGAUACGAUGGAUAAUGGAGUUGAUGUUGGGCUGUACAAGUAUUUGCAGCACAUGGAGGAUUUUUUGCUGUCUGCGUGA